GUAAAGUGAUCGCCGACGCAACAAUGGGCAGCGAGCCUUGUGGCGUUUUCGAAGUUCUCUCUCUUCCCCGUGGGUCUAUCCUCCCGAGUCUUCAGGUUCUCAGUUCUGCAUCAAGCAUCAUCAACUCCUACACGGCGCUACUUUGAAGCCCCUUUCCCCUGUUCGCGAACAAUGGCAUCUCCGCCGCCUUCGCGGUCGGCCGGACAAGAUGAGGCCCAUGACACGCCGGGGCCGCCACCGAUGGAGCAGCAGUUGGGGUCGGGCCCGGACCUGGAGACAAUGGACGCCAGCUUGGAAACGGGAUCCGUCGACCCCAACCCGGGGAACAUGCCUCACAGUAACCCCCCAAGUGAGCCAUUUGGUGGACUUCAGGCCGAGCCAAUAAAGCUAGACACAGCCAGCCUUGGUCUGGGCCCCGGGCAAGAACCGGACGCCCAGCCUCAGACCACUAUCUCCCGUCGAGCGCAGCAACCACAGACGCCACUGACUCCGGUGGUUGGCCCCGGAUUUGCUCCUGGAUGGCGGAAACGCGUUAUCAACGUCAAAAACAAGCUUGGGACCACGAAACAAAAUCAAGCACCCACUUCGCAAAGGCCUGGAGCCUCAGGGCUGGACAGCAGCAAACCAAGUCACGUUGGCCAAGGAAAGGCAGCCAAGGCAGCCAAAGCAGAAGCCGCAACACAUGACACCAACGAGCCCGAACUUCCCGCACUUGUGGAUCUCUCUAACCUGGCGCCAUCCCUGGUGCCCACCGCUGAAAUCAUCGCGAUUCCCGACAUUGGCCAGUCGUUGUCAACAGCAUGGGCCUACAUCCCCGAAAAGAAUUUCGCAAAACGGCCUGCGGCACCAGCAAACACAGCUGUCGGACCUGCCCCACCCGGCCGUCAGGUUCCUUCGAAGGGCGCAGCAGCUUUCAGAGCUGGGCUGAAGGCGCUGGAAGAAAUCGGGCGCGUGAAGGGAACCGUUAAGGACUGGACCGACUCCACGGGUCCCGCCGUUGCCACCCGUGGUUGGAAAGGGGAGCGGGGCGAACAGGCUCCAGGGACCCUCGCCAACGAACCGACGGCAACCCCAGUGGACAAGGCUAAGGGAAAGGCUGAUGGCAACGACAUGGGUAUUUUGGAGGACGUGGAAAGAGGGCGCCGGCCCCCAACUCCGCAACAACCCAGGCUUUCCACCGCAGAGGAAACGGCCCGCGAAAAGAGGGCCGAUGCCGAUGACCGCACUUCACGUCAUUCAAACCGCCCAUCGUCUACUAGGGGCUCAAAGCCACCAUCAGAGAAAGAUAAGGCGUUGAAAGCUGGGAACUGGCUGACAGACCGCACGAUGUUCGCCAGUGAUGUUGACCGGGCACGAGUUUGGGGGUUUGCCUACAAGCCGCCCGAACAACCUCAGUCCGCCGACAACCCAUCCAAGAAGCCUGAUUACGACAAGUAUUUGAAUGAAACAGCGGAGGCCCUCCGGUCAUGCCUGAAGAUGAAACCAGAAAGCCGUUGCUCUUUGGUUUUCGUCGCCACAGGUUUUGGGUGCCUCAUCGUCCAGAGGUUGCUGGCCCAGAUCGCCCAGGUUCCCGACCACAUGCCGAACGAGAGCAUCGAAGUUCUGCUCCUGAGCGCGGCUGUACUCUUCCUUGAUCCUCCGAGUCCCAUCCCGAAAGAGAAGGCAAAGACAGAGAGAACGAAAACCGCACCCCUUCUAGCAUUUCCGGCACCAACAAGCUCUACCCGUGCGAACAGGCUUAGGGGCAUUCUGGAGUCAAAAACCAUUGACGGCUGGGAUAUAUGGGAAAGGUUUCACGCUGUGGUCAUAAAAAGGGACCUGCCGGUGGUUUGGUUUUACACCCAAGCCCAGAUACCGAACCGGAAUGGAGGAUCACUACGCGCAGCUGGCGUUGACUUUGUCAUGCUAUCAGACCCAGCCCCGGUCAAGCAUACUACUAAUAGCCGGGUGUCUUCAAGGUUCAGAGGACCGGGUGAUCCCAAUUACCGCUCCUUCGUGGACCAGGUCAGGCGGUUCCUCUUUCUCAGGGCCUCGGCCGUCCGGGACUGUGAAGAACUCCUCACGCAGUGUAUUGACCAAGGGUACAAUCUCGGUGUUAAAGACCACAAGAAACGCUGCGCCCUUCACCUAGCGGUCCAGUCUACUAAUGAUGCGGCCCUGAUGCGCCUCGUUAGCGCUCGCCCUAGCCUCGUUAUGGAGCAAGAUAAAGACGGCGCGACACCCCUGCACGUGGCCAUCAUUGAUGCCGGUCUCUAUGGAUCCUUCCGACGAGCCUCCUACCGGAUGAUGAUAGAGAAGCUGCUCUUGGCUAUGGCCGACAACAAAUAUGACGACGAGACAAGGGACUCCGAAAACAAGUCGGCAUGGCAUUACGCUUUGGAGGCCAAUCAUCGCUGGAUUCUGGAUCUGAAAAACAACCAAUACCUUUUCAACGGUGCACGAGCGGCACAACCUGAGGCGAUCGACGACUCGGAGCCGGUCUUCACCCCGGCAGAAAUAAGUGCUUGCGUAACAUUGAACGCCACCCUUGCCCAGUUCUACAUUUCGAACGACGACACCAGUGACUAUCUAGAAUUUCAAAGACCGGAUGUUUUCUCAGUGGUUUAUGACCACGAAGACUACGGGAUUGGAAAGUUGUUCGAAAGGAAUCUCCGCCACGACGAUGACAAGCGGGCAACAUGUCGCUGGGUUCACCUUCCUGCCAAUAAUGAAAAAUGGGUACAUGACUUGUUUGCUAAACAGCUACGACGCAUCGACAAAUCCACCAGUACCAGGCGUCACAUAGGGUCGACGCCGUUCGACCGGCACAUUAUCCCUGGCGCGGUUAGAUACAAGCAGACCUACGAACCCCUUCCUGGCGAAGUCUUCCCCUCCCCUUCCCCUCGGUACCCCUUCCCCUCGCCGUCGUCAUUCAGCAACAAAUCCGGUGAUGGCCUCGGCAUCCCCAAGAAAGCGGUAACGGCCCUGUUUAUACCAGUAUUUGGGUUCGAAAAACACCGGAACCGCCAGAAGUUGAGCACGACGAUGAAAUUUGGGAAUUUAUCCAGCAAUGAUGAGACUUGUCUCUUGGUACGCGCCUACUUCGACAAGGACAAGCUUCCGUUGCACUGCCGCCGGACCCUGGAUCAGUUCACUUAUCACAUGUUGGACGACACCGAGAGGCGUGACAACAGCCAGGUCAUGUCCAGGUGGGGCAGGAGGGAGUCGGCCAAGAAGUACAAACUUGGCCAGGGGCCACGCCCGGGAAGAGGGGGUCGGCCAGUACUCAUGAUUGACCAGCUAUGGCUGUGGGUUCUCGAAGAUGAGCAGACUAUAAUCACGAGUCUUCCCAACACAUGGGAACCGGCCGAGGAUUACAACCUCAUACGACACCUCAUGCACAAGGAACUGAGGGAUAAUGACGACCGACCGCUGAUUAAGGGGUGCACGGAUCUCGCCAACGCCAUCAUCCGAUGCAGUGUCGACUUUUUGCACCGGCAGGGCCCUCUGAAGGUCUCGCUUUACGAAUGUUUUCAGUCGAGUAUUACACUUGUUGCCGAGCGGCAAGCUCUACAGUUCGAGGAAUUCGAAUCUCUAGUCCAUCGCCUGACACAAGGUGGAAUCGAUGUGCAAGAACGGGCAAACUUGACCAACAAUCUUUUCCAACUGACCAAGGAGACACGCCUUUUGGCUGAAAUCAUCGACAUACAAGACGAGCUCAAGACCAUCCACGAGGUCUUCCUUCGGCAAAGGGAUGCCCUCAAGAAAUUCGCCAAGCUCAUGUCCAAUCAGGGCCAGAAUCGAGACAGGGCAGACGAUGAAAGUGACAUUGUCGAGAACAAUACCCCGGAGUCAUCGCAAUUUGGCUAUCCGUUAUUCGAAGACCAUGACCACGAAUCUCCCGAUCACCAUGGAGAGAGAAGACCUCUCCAUUCGGCUAUGUAUAGGGAAGGCGGCAGGCCAAAGUUAGAACGCAACGUCCGGUUCGCCGAUGAACGGACCCAGUACCAGAGACCAAAAGCCCGGAACCAGGCUGAAGAGAAUCUUCAUCUGGUCGAGACCAACAUCCUCACGAUCAAGGAGAUGACCAUGUACGCGGAGAAGGUUCGGGUGGAGAUCAACGGGCUACUCAGCCAUCGACAGAAACAAGCCAAUGCGUGGGAAGCUAGGUUCGCUCGCGAGGGAUCAGAGCACACGCAGCGCCAGAGCAACAUUACCUUGGUCUUUACCGCAGUCACCGUCUUGUUUCUGCCCCUAUCAUUCAUGUCUAGCGUGUUUGCUAUUCAAAUCGACGCGUUCCCUCAUAACCCAGAGACGGGGGAGGUGAACUGGCCCUUGCCAAACGUCAUGGGCCUCCUCUUCGGCCUCUCCCUCGGCACCAUCUCCCUCGUAGCUUUGCUCGGCUUCUACAUCAACCGCAUCUCACGCCUCUACACCAAAUACUUCGGCGACACCACCAACCAGCCCAUCACCGCCACCGGACCAAACCACCACGGCCAUUCCGACUCCGACUCCGAUUCCGACUUCCACAGCACCACCACCGCUCGCCGCUCCCGCCACAGCAGCCACGACUUCCUAUCCGAGCACUGGUCCCAUCACUCCCACGCUACCAACCGCCCCAGGUACGCCCGGCUCUUCAGGCGCUGGACCUUCCACGAGCACAUCCCCCUGGUGCGCAACCUCUGGCGGCUGCGCUUCUACCGGCGCUUCUACCGGCGCUAUCGGCCCGCGGCGCCCGCCCCCCGGCCGCCGUCGCCGGCCGAGUCCUAUGUGGGGUCCGAUGACGACGGGGGCGGCGAGUUGGACGCAGACGGGUUUGACGGGGACCGGGACCGCCACCGCCACCGCCGGCGCGCCCCCAGCGUGCUCUCUUCGUCGAGCUGGGGCGUCAACGAGUGGGAGGAGGUGGAGGACUACCCCGUGCAUCGCGCGCACGUGCUGAUGGAGCGGUUUGUGGAGGAGCAAUCUGUGCGGCUGCUGCGGAGGGUGGCGCCCGAGUGGCUGAUGAGGAACGUGAGGCACCUGCGGGUAAAGGAGAAGGUGGAGGAGGGGGAGUGGGAGGGGAAGGAGGAGUAUUAUGGGGAAGGGGAGGAGGAAGCGGCGGAGGAAAAUUCGAUCCGUCCUAGUAUGCAGCGGAGCAGUGUUGUCACGCGGUCGGAGGCUAGUUGGGAUGUGCCGCCGGAGGGCCCGCUGCGCAGGCGGAGGACGGAGCAGCGGGAGGGGCGGCUUAGGGGCGCGAGUGUUCUCGUUGCUGGCCUGUUUCCGUGGCGAUGGGGCGGGCCUGCCGAUGGACAGCCGGUGACCGUUAGUUCGGAGAGUGGUGGAGGGAGCGUUGACGUCGCGCUGGAUCCGGAUGAGGAUGACUCGGUACCAGGGGGUGAUGGCGGUGAAGGGGGACGAGGCCCUGGUAAGAAGGGAAUUGGGCUUGGGAUACCGAUGCCGUUGCAGAUUCCGUUGCCGUCGUUUGGGAGGAAGAAGGUGAGGGAAGAAGACGUGGAAAGCAGCAAUAGGGCUACAGCGUGGGCUCGCGAUUCUGCGAGUGCUCCCAGCCGGGGCCCAAGACUUCCAUAGGCUUUGGUUUGGUUAGCCCGAAGGUAGGUAGGUAGGUAGGUAGUUAUUAGCUCAGGAAAUACUAGUGGCGUUGAUUCU